GUUCUGGAGGGCUUGACAUCACAAGGACAGGCAGUGGCAGUUGCGGAAGGAAAGGGCAAAGAGGGCAGAAGCAGGUUCACCGUAGGAUGAGACCUCUCUCAGUGUAAGGACAGCAAAUGGCACCCAAAAAGCCCCCCGCUGCGGCACCCGCCGCAAAAGGCCCUGAUGCAAAGGGCCCUGAUGCAAAGGGCCCUGAUGCAAAGGGCCCUGAUGCAAAGUCCCCUGCCGCUGGUGCUGCUGCUGGCGCUGCGGCUGGCGCUGCUGCUGGCGCUGCUGCUGGUGCUGGCGCUGCCGCUGCCGCUAAGAAAGGCUGUGUUGCAAGGAAUUUCCAUAAGCUCGAUCAGUACUUGGAUACCCCAAAGGGUAGACGCAACAUCAAGAUCGCGGCAAUUGUCAACUUCCUGCUUGUAUGCUUGGUGCUCCUUCUGUAUCUGUUACUUCUACGGAGAAAUGCAAUCCUGAAGCAGGCACUUUAUAUGAUACGGGAUUUCGUUGCUGAAUUUGAUCCAGAAGCUGCAGAAAAGUCUGAUGUGGAAAUUGUGGCUGUAGCUCAGAACCUCUCAGAUGAGCUCAACAUUAUGGUGGACAAGAAUGACGAACUGCAAGCAGAAAUCGACUAUCUGCUCCUCGACCUGCCCGACUGGUUUGUCUACAAAUCCACCCUCUACUACUUUGACAACGACACGGCUGACUUUUUCGGUGCCAUUGAAAAAUGUGCCAAGAGGAAGGCGAAUCUGACUUCAGUCUUAUAUGGUGAAGAACAGAAAUUCCUAAACGAAAUAAUGACGGCAAGGAAUGCUCAAUACUGGCUUGGACUCCAGAAGAAUGAUUCGGCGAUGAGGGGGUGGCUGUGGCUGAAUACCGUGCCAGCUGCAGUUUUGUAUUUCUUUGAGGAGUCAACUGCACAUGGAGGCCCCUGUGUUUACAAUGAUCCCGUCUGCAAUGGCAGGAAUUGUUGGCAUGCUGACAAGUGUGAGACAGUCAGAAGAUUCGUUUGCAAGAAGGAACCCAGAACCUGGUGGUACUACCGUAAUUAAGAGGAUGAAAGACUCCAGCUGCCUCUGUGCACAGACGGCCCAAGGACACCCAACUGCCAGCAAGAAGAAUGAAGCCUGUAAACACCAGGAAAUGAAGGUGUACAGCAAUGA